AGCAUCAUGGCACGUACGAAGCAAACUGCCCGCAAGUCGACUGGAGGAAAGGCUCCCCGUAAGCAGCUGGCCACCAAGGCCGCCCGCAAGAGCGCACCGGCCACCGGUGGCGUGAAGAAACCUCAUCGCUAUCGUCCGGGCACGGUGGCUCUCCGUGAGAUUCGUCGUUAUCAGAAGUCGACGGAAUUGCUGAUCCGCAAGCUGCCGUUCCAGCGGCUGGUGCGUGAGAUCGCUCAGGAUUUCAAGACGGAUCUCCGCUUCCAGAGCUCUGCUGUGAUGGCGUUGCAGGAGGCUAGCGAGGCGUACUUGGUCGGUUUGUUCGAGGACACCAAUCUGUGCGCGAUCCACGCCAAGCGAGUGACAAUCAUGCCAAAGGACAUUCAGCUGGCUCGUCGUAUCCGUGGCGAACGUGCUUAA